UUUUCUCUUUUUCUCUAUCGAUCUAAAGCAUGAGUUCAGCACCUAAAUUAUCAGGACGUAACAAUGUACGUUUACCACCAGAAGUCAAUCGAGUUUUAUUUGUAAGAAACUUGCCCUUCAAGAUCACAACAGACGAAAUAUAUGAAGUGUUUGGAAAAUACGGUCCUAUUCGUCAAAUCCGAGUUGGCAAUGCUUCUGAUACGCGAGGUACAGCUUUUGUAGUGUAUGAAGACAUUUUUGAUGCCAAAAAUGCAUGUGAGCAUUUACAGGGUUUUAAUAUUCUUGGUCGAUACUUGAUUGUCUUAUACUACCAACAAAACAAGGUGACCAAGAAGAUGAACUUGCAAAAGAAGGAAGAAGAAAUUAGAGAAAUGAAGGCUCGUUAUGGUGUGGAUGACGAAUGAUAGCAUACACGCAUAAAACGUUCUAUUGUAUAUAAUUCAACAUUUGUUUGCUCAUGAAAUAACAGGUCAUUUUAAAAUAAACAAGUAGAAAUUUGAUAACAAACAAGUUGAUGCUAUUUAAAGUUGAAUUACAUUACUAUUAAAAAAAAAAGCUUAUUCUUCUUUCUUUAUAUGAA